ACCAUCGCUGUUUUGUAAUGCACUGUAGUUACAUUACAAUGUGGAACUCCAACAAAUGUCACGGUCCGAUUACGCUCAAGCUGAUCUAGAUGCAAAUACUCUUUUCAGUAUUUACAUUACUUUCACUAAAUUUCAAAGUUUUCGUGACUCCAGCUCACUCCUUAGACUACACUCUCACACCCUUGAAGGAUGUCCAGUACUCAUCAUGCUUGUGUGCCAAGGGACGAAAGACCUUCAGUUGGACGAUGGCACCCUCUAUCCUGGGAGUAACUAUGACAGAGGUGGAACUGCAACUCCCCAAGAAUGUGGUGGAUGGAUCUGAUCGAAUUUCUCUCUCAGUCCUGGGUGACAUCCUGGGUCGGGCCCUCAAGAACCUGGAUGGACUGUUGCAGAUGCCGUAUGGGUGUGGAGAGCAGAAUAUGGCCCUCCUCGCCCCCAAUAUCUACAUCCUGGAGUACCUGAGGAACACAGAUCAGCUCACUCCAGCCAUCCGAGACAAGGCCAUCAAGUUCCUCACUAGUUUUUGUUUUCCAUUGAAGAAACUUGGUGGGGUGACAGAUGAAGUCACACUGACGGCCUACAUCACUGCUUCAAUGCUGGACCUCAACAUUUCAGUGUCGGAUCCUGUUGUGUACCGCAGCUUGUCUUGCCUGAGGAACUCCACCAGUGAUUUGUCUAACACCUACACUACUGCUCUGCUGGCCUACACCUUUACCCUGGCAGGGGACAUGGAGACCCGGACCCAGCUUCUGCAGCACCUGGACACGAUCUCAUUACAAGAAGCCUCCCUGGCAGUGGAGAUCAACUCCUACCUCAGUGCCUCCCUCUGUCUACCACUGACCUGGGCUACGCCUCCAGCAUCGUCACGUGGCUAG